GGGAUUGCUUCUCAAAAACUUGGAACUGAAGGAAACCAAACUCUCUCUCAAUUCCUAUUUGUCUGAAUGGUCCGCUCUAACUGAAACAAUUUGAGAUACUAACUGAACGUCCAGCAGGCUAGUCAUGGAGGAAGAUCACGUAUCUGGAACUCCUCAAUCGACUGAUGAUGAAAUUCGAAGCCGACUAGCCCAACUCAGAGGCCAAACUUCAGUGAAGGAGCCCUCAAGAUCAUUCCUCGUCAGUGGUAGGAAAAAGACUCAAGCGGAAGAGGCAGAAGAUCUACUAAAACAAUUCUCAGCUGAAGCACAGUUGGUGAAACAGUUCAAUGAGACCAGUAUUGAUGUUGAUAAACAAAUCGAGGAGCGCCUUAGGAGACUCAAAGCUGACACUGCCAGUUUGACACCUCAGACCAAUCCCAUUUCAGCAAAGGUCCUUUCACAAACUUUUGCUGAACAGUGCAGUGAUGACUCUGAUGAUGAUGAUAUUAAAGCUGAUGCUAUAAUCAGGAAAAUUUUAGCAGAAGAGGAACUGGCUCGGCGUGAAAUCCAUGAAGAAUUAGGGAUCGAUGAUAAACUAGAUCAGCUUGAUGACCCAGAUGAUCUUGAUGAUUUUGAGGAGUUCAGGUGAACCCAAGGUACCUUGUUCACUUUUUCUUCUUGGUAGCUGCAUUUCCGACCUGCUCUCCUUUGGCAGAAGCCAGCUGUUGUUUCAAAUCCAAAAGCUUCUUCACUUCUGGUUCCCAGACGGCCUUAUCCUUUGUUUCACUCUUCAGUUUACGAACAACAAGCCCCUUCAAAAAAUUACAGAAUUUUGUUAAUUAAGAGAAGGUAAAUUGAGGUUUAAUUUGGAUUUUACUUGCCUCCAGAGAAUUUUACACAUUGCUGAUUGCAUGAACUCUUUUAAAUUAUGAGCCUUGUAAUUUGUAAUUAAGCUUUAUCUAAUUUGAAAAAGCUAUGGGUAUCUAAAAUCCUUAAAAUCUGAAUGUUUACAGUUUGUAAGAAGAUGAUUCUAAGUCCCUUUGGCGAAAUUGAGGAUCUAUGUUGAUUAGAGGUGUUGUCAGCUAAGUUGACGGUUGUUUACUUUCGGUUUGCAAGUGUCAACGACAAAUUUGGGCCUAUGAACAAAGCGGCGUUCGCUCUUAUCCACAUUGAAAACAUCAGUCUCAUGAUUGUAUUGUAUAAAAACUACUUAUCAGUUAUGAUUUGCGACUUUUUUGUGGUUGUGAUUUCCGUGUGGCUAAAAAUUAAAGUUUUACAAGGUUUGAAAGUAUUAAAAAACUUAUCUAAGCUUGUGUUCUUGCUUCUGGGAGAGCCAGAUGUUUUCAUGUGGACAGUAGUGACGCGAAAACGCCUGCAAACCGAAAGUAAACAACCGUCAACUUGGUUGACGACACCUCUAAGAUGGCUAAUUCUGGUUGACCUCAAAGCAAUUCAAGCAAAUAAUCACAAUUGUGAAAAAACUAGAAAUAUUUCUAUCUUGAUUGUACAAUGUUUCAAAAGUUAUUUUAUAAUUUAAUCCUCCAGUCAGAUAGUAACCAAAAUAUUUUUGUGAACUUCUCUUGUGAACAGUAGGAAGUCAAGUCUAGCCAGCCACCAGAAGAAGCAACAAGUUACCAAUUCAAAACUUUCAUUUUCCCCCGCCAUGCAUUUUUCUAGAAUCGAAUCUUACUAAGCGACCAUCCAAUCCAGUGACAAUAUCGCAGGGACAAGAACGGAACGUCAUUGAGGGUGUGUGAUUUGUUUACAAUGGAUUUUUUUAAAAGAUCUUGAGUGCAACAGAACCCUCUCAGGGAGAUAUGCGUUUCUUCAAAUUUGCAUGUAUAUGGAUCCCAUUUUUUUUUAUAACGCUCAAACACAUUGGAAGGAAUUCAUGCAUGAGCAAAGCCAAUCUUGUCUUUCUUAAAAAUUAUUUUCCCAUUGUAACGUAAUCAAUAUUUUUAGCAGUAGGUAUCAUACAGUAUUAGACCUGAAAAGGAAAUUCAAAUGGCGUUUUCUCCCCCCCCCCCCCCCCC